CCAAUUUCAAAGCUUCCUCCCUGUCGACGUUCAUCUCCUCGCUGACGAUAUUGGCGCUAAAAUUUGGCUUUUGGUGGUCCCAUUAGGGUUACAGUUUCGAUUUGGGCAUACCUUUUUUUGGUGUUGUGACUUUGUUGUUGGAGGAUGGCUUGCGUUGCAGUGGUGUUAAGGCACUGUGACAUUGUUAUAAGGGUAGUUUCUUGAGUUAAUGUGCUUGACCAUAAACAAAAACAGGUGAAGAAGAGCAGAGAACAAUGAGUGUUCGGUCCAAAAACUUGAGUUCAGUGUUCUAUGCAGAUUCGUACCAUCCCAUUCAAGUUGGCAGCAUCGACGGCACGGAUGUUGUUCCUCACGACAAUGCUGUUUAUCGUGCUCAACUCUGUUCCUCUAUUGGCCUCUAUGACCCGCAUGGUGAUCCUAAGGCCACUGGAGACCCUUAUUGCACUCUAUUCGUUGCUCGUCUCUCUCGCCUCACCACACAGGAUACUCUCCACAAAGUUAUGAGUAAAUAUGGCCAGGUGAAGAAUUUACGCUUGGUCAGGGACAUUGUGACAGGAGCUUCUCGCGGUUAUGCUUUUGUUGAAUAUGAAACUGAAAGGGAGAUGCGACGGGCAUAUAUGGAUGCUCAUCAUUUGAUUGUUGAUGAUUGUGAAAUCAUAGUUGAUUACAACAGACAACAAUUGAUGCCUGGAUGGAUUCCUAGAAGGUUAGGUGGUGGUCUCAGUGGUAAGAAGGAAUCAGGGCAACUUCGUUUUGGGGGAAGAGAAAAACCAUUUCGUGCACCCUUGAAACCAAUCCCAUAUGAGGAGUUGAAGAAGCUUGGCAUACCCCCUCCGCCUGAAGGAAGAUACAUGUCACGCUUUCAGGUUCCAUCGCCUCCCAGAAGAGAAAGGAGUCUUUCAGACAGGGAAGAAGACUCUCAUAAACAUAGAAGGGGAUCCGACGACAGAAACAGAAAAGAAGAUGCCUUCAGAAGUUCAGUGGACAUUAAGGAAGGGUAUUACAGAAAUAGAUCAAGACACCUAGAUGAUGAACACUCCCGUGGAAGGAGCUCUUCAGAGAGGAGUGAUCGUUACCAUGAGAGGAGUUCAUCGGAGAAAGAACAUCUUCACCGGAGAUCUAAAGACAAAGAGAACAGAAGUUCAUCUGAUAAAGCACAUCGACAUCGGAGUUCUACAGAUAAAGACAAACAUUCUCAUAAGAGAAAAGAAAGAGAUGAACGGUAUCAAAAGCAGGGAAAAUAUAGUCGCCAUUCCCCUCACAAGGAUUAACUCCACUCCAUAGUUGAUUCUUACCUUUGUGCUGUGUUUCGUUUAUGCAUGGGAGAAAUGGGAAUGCAAAGUUUCAAUCCUCAACAUGAGACUGGUUCAUAGGUAGAUGAAAAUCACUUCUUUUGUUUACAUGCAAAAACAAUCAAUUUCAUAGCAAGCACAUGUUGUUGUGGAGAACUCAGAGACGUAGGAUGAAUUGAUGAUUGUUAGAGUUGGCUUUGUUUUGUA